AAGAAGACUCGAAGGGACGGACGGAUGCUGCACCCCAGUAGCUAGGGAUGCUAGAUCCUGCACACACAGCCCUGCGAUCCUGCUGCGUCCCACUCGUGUCGCCGCCGUCAGACAUGGAUACUACUACCGCACAAUCACUAUAGAAAUUAAAAGAGGGCAAAAAAUGUAAAAGGUUUAUGAGCUAUGGAGCUGCUGCUCGCAUGGUUACUGUUAGCUGGUCUCUGGCCUCUGAUCAUCGCCAAUCCCGAUGCGAAACGGCUCUACGAUGAUCUCCUGUCCAACUACAACAGACUCAUCCGCCCCGUCGGGAACAACUCCGAUCGCCUCACCGUCAAAAUGGGACUCAAACUAUCGCAGCUCAUCGAUGUCAAUCUGAAAAGUCAAAUUAUGACGACGAACGUGUGGGUGGAACAGGAGUGGAACGACUAUAAAUUGAAAUGGAAUCCGGACGAUUAUGGAGGAGUGGAAACGCUGCACGUUCCUUCCGAACACAUCUGGCUACCGGACAUUGUCCUUUACAACAACGCCGACGGGAAUUACGAGGUGACCAUCAUGACCAAAGCCAUCCUGCAUCACACUGGAAAGGUCGUCUGGAAGCCUCCCGCCAUCUACAAAUCCUUCUGCGAGAUCGACGUCGAGUACUUCCCAUUCGACGAGCAGACGUGCUUCAUGAAGUUCGGAUCCUGGACGUACGAUGGUUACAUGGUAAGGUUUCCUUAUAAACAUUUUACAUUUAAU